CCAAACGUGUGGAAAGUGUUUCAUUUGCCCUCAUCGGCUUCUUUUCCCGAACUUUUCAAGUCCUCUCGGGUUAAACUCGCUUUACAAGUCUGACCUUAACCGACCAAGUUCGCCACUUCCGCGUUGGCGUCUCUCCGCGCCACCUGUCACAGGUAAGGCGGCUGUUUGUUGACGCACCUGGCUGCCGCGAGCCGGACUCGUGCACGUAAGACUAGCGCUCCUCACUUCGCCUUCCUCGCGGACGGUUGGUUGCGCCAUCAUCGGGGACAUGAGCUCGUCGUCUGAGGUGAGGAAAUGCGACCUGGCGACCGUGUCGUCGCGGAACGGGGUCGGGGACUGCGCGAGGACGGGCGGCUCCGGCGGCGACACCGCGGCGGCCGACGACAGUCACCAGUGGCAGUGCGCGCAGCACGAGGCGCAGCUGGACCGGUACUGCAGCACGGACGGCAAGAUGAUCUGCGCGCACUGCGCCAGCGUGGGCACCUGCCGGGGGCACGGCGUCACGCCAGUGGCCAGUCGAGCUGCCGCGGUCCGGAACCAGCUGGUGGACGUGUGUGAGAAGAUGCAGCUGCAGGCCCUGAGGAUUGAGCGCUUUGUCAGCCACACCCUGGCAGCCAAGGAGCAGGCACUUCAGGCGGAGGCAAGUGCGGCGCGUGAGCGUGUCGUGGCACGGGUGAACCUGGUGAGGGAUGCCCUAGAGGAAGAGGAGCAGCGCCUCCUUGAGGCAGUGCAGAGAGAGGAGGAGCGGGUGCAGCAGUGCCUACUCACCCAGAGGGCGCACUGGGCACAGGCGCUGGCCGCGCUCACUCGCACACGGACAUGCCUGGUACACACUCUCACGCACGAGGAGGACGCAAAGCUCGCGAGUUCAGGCCAGGACCUGGCUGACAGGGUAGAGGAGGCUGAAGGGGUCGGCGAACCUCUCGACACGGAGCAGCUCAACCUGAACGCGAGCUGCAGCGACAGCAAGCUUUUGCUGGGACUCUGGGCCAGCGCUGUGCUGCUGGGCCCUGAAGGUCACAAUCCGGUCAGUUUGACAUUUGAUGAGCGCACUGUCAGUCCACUGCUGUCCCUCUCGGAAGACCAGCGCACUCUGGCUUUCAUACGCAAGAGGGCUCGUCAGUCCCUGCCCUAUGACCCGGCACGCUUUGACAGCUGGCCCAAUGCCCUGUGCGCGCAGUCGUUUUCCUCCGGGACGCACAGCUGGGUGCUGGAGGUGGGCCAGAGCAAUGCCUUCAAGGUGGGGGUCUGCUACACCAGCUUGGAGCGCAAGGGGAGUGGCAACAAGUCCCGCCUGGGCUACAAUGCCCAGUCCUGGGUGCUGUCCUGUUAUGAGGGGGAUUUCUCCUUCUGUCAUGCCGGAUGCCACGUGUCCCUGGCCCUGUUACGAAGGCCUAGACGCUUGGGGGUAUUGCUGGACUGGCCGGGCCGCACCCUGCUCUUCUUCGACCCAGACUCUUGUGCCGUGCUGCACGUCGUCUGCCACCCCUUCACAGCCCCGUUGUUCCCUGCCUGCGCUGUGGCUGACCGCAGCAUCACACUGGUCCCGCGCUAACACCCUGACUGCUCCCACUUAGUCCCACUGACUUCAGAGACGAAUCAAGAACGCCCCCAUCAAGUCCAAAAAGACUGACCUGUUAUAUCUUCGCGUUGUUAAGUUAUUUUAAUAGGACCAUUUUACCUGUGUGCCAGUUUUGUGAUUUGUAUUAAAAGCCUGUGAUAAAUUUACCUUCCAUUCAUCAUUUUCCAAAGCCAGAAUUGUUUCUAUAGAAAGAGACCUUGGUCGCAACACCAUAGCGCAUCGUGAGAAAUACUGGCGCUGAGUCGUGCACAGUGUGUCUAGUGGGGGCAGGCAGGGACCAAUCUAGUCUUUGCGGUGAAGACACACCAGUUUCUUGCUAAUCCCAAACGAGAACAUUCCCACACCCACACGUGCCUUUACAUCAUCCGCGAGCAAUGGUUUAUGUCUUGUUUUUAACUAACACCUCAUCUCUCAUACAGGUAACUAUGGUGACUUCAAAAUAACAACCAGUUUACAAGGAACGGGUAUGAUAGGUAAAGCUACUAGGGUCAGCCUUUUUCGAAAUUUUUAGCUAUUUUAGAUGGGUUGGUGAUUUCCUCUUGAAGGCAUGAUAGAGCAUUAGCCAUAGCAAGAUUACACUAACAGACUAAAUUCUUUCAUUUGUAAUGUUGACGUGAAAAACAGAGAAAAUGAAAUACUUUUGAAUUACCCCCAAAAGGUAAUUUUAGAAAGUUCUAGUUUAUAUUACGUUAUUGUAUCUUAGUAGGGGAGCGGUGGUGCAGCGGGCUUGGACGGGUACUGCUCUCCGGUGGGUCCGAGGUUCGA